ACAAGGCUGCCUGGCGGAGUGAUCUACAGUUGUCCUGACGGGAGACAGACAGCGGGGUUCGAUAACAAACAAGACUCCGUGAAAUAUUAUGACUGCAAUAAAAGGCAGCUAGCUGGCUUCUUAUCUUUUAUAAGCCGGAAUCACAUGCGAACAAAUCAAGACAGCGGGGACCAUGGAAAGAAAAAGUGUACCUGUUAAGCGCAUUCUCCACAAGCCCCAGACAGUCCGUAGUCUGGGCAGCAACCUUCACACGGAUGUGAAUGCCAACCACUCCCGGGCUGCAAGGUCGCUCCUGACCAAAGUGCAGCACAGCAGGCACAAGCAUAUCUAUGACAUCAGCCAUCAAAUCAGGGCCAAGCCUGAUUUAAACACAACACUACCAGUUCGACAGACAGCAUCCAUCUUUAAACAACCAGUGACCAAGGUAACAAAUCAUCCCAACAACAAGGUGAAGACAGACCCGCAGAAGGCUGUGGACCAACCGAAACAACUGUUCUGGGAGAGGAAGUUGAGCGGGUUAAAUGCAUUUGAUAUCGCAGAGGAGCUGGUGAAAACUAUGGAUCUUCCCAAAGGCUUACAGGGUGUUGGGCCUGCGUGUUCAGAUAAAACACUGCUCUCUGCCAUCGCCAGUGCCCUGCACACCAGCCCCGCUCCCAUCACUGGACAACUCACUGCUGCAGUGGAGAAAAAUCCUGGAGUCUGGCUCAACACCGGACAACCUCUCUGCAAGGCCUUCGUAGUGACUGAUGAUGACAUCAGGAAGCAGGAGGACCUGGUGCAGAAUGUGAGGAGGCGGCUCGAGGAAGCCCUCACGGCUGAUAUGUUGGCUCAUAUGGAGGACAGCGCUGCAGAUGCAGCAGCCAGCAAAGUAGAGAAGGUAGAGCAGGUGGACAAGGAGGAAUUAUAGCCAAGGCUUGUUUGACAUGAAGUUUGCUGGUAAACUCCUUUCAUUUUCAAAUAAUUGGCUCCAUGAAGAUUUUUUUUAUACACUUUUAACUGAAAUAGACCCUAAAUGCAGACAUUCUGCAGAGUUUGUUAACCUAAACAAAGACUGUUUUCUUUAUUGUUUCUUUAUUUUUUUUGUUUUACAUGUGACAGUGUAAUCACGUGAAAGCGUGCUUUUGAGUUUCAGUUUUCAGUUCAUGUUUACCUCUAUUAAUGUAUGGCAGUUGUGGAUGGUGCUAUAUACAAUGCAGUGUUACAUUUAGUUAACAGCUGUUCAAGCUCCAAGUUAAAAACACAAACCUGAUGUGUGAGACUGAUAAGUAAGUGUGUGUGUGUGUGUGUGUGUGUGUGUGUGUGUGUGUGGGUAGGUGGGUGUUUGUGUGUUGGAAAGUAUCAGAACCUCCUAAAGUAUAUUUCUUUUUAACUCUUCUACCUGAACAUGUUGCUCUUCUAUAUUUUACUCUGGCACUGUAGGCAGUGUGUUUAUGUUUGGAAGCAUAGAAAGUUUGCAGUAUGUUUAUGUGCACACAGCAUCCUUGUGGCUGUGACUAUUAAAAUUUAGCUAAUUGAUUAAAGGUUUUAUAGUUCAAUGUACUGUUUGCAUUUCUCACAAUAACCUGAGUUUACAUGGUUUUGAAGUUAAAUGAAUGGUAUUUUUAUUGACAAAAGAAUAAUCAGUAUUGUUUUGCCAAUUACAUUUGAGUUUAGACAGUCACAGAAAAGUACAAAAAUCACAAUGCUGAUGUACCUCAAAACAAGAUGUACUGUACCUCAUUACAAGAUUCAUUAUUUGUCUCUGUACUACUGUGUCACUGUCAAAUAAAUGCAGCUCUUUUAUGA